AUGAAUGCUCUACAUCCGUUCCUGGAUCAAAAUGGAAUAAUACGAGUAGGAGAAAGGUUGAGACACGCAGGGCUGCCUGAAGAAACAAAACAUCCAAUCGUGAUUCCAUCCUCACAUCAUUUCACCAAAUUGAUAAUAAUAUAUUAUCAUGAAAGGCUGUUUCAUGCAGGUGCUCAAACAACACUAAACACCAUUCGUGAAGAAUUUUGCCCUAUAUCAGCAAGGAGUAGGAUUAAGGAAAUCUUACAUAAAUGUAUAAGGUGUCGUAAAGCAAACCCAAGGGCUAGCUGGCAAAUCAUGGGACAGCUACCUUCGGUUCGAGUCAACAUCAGCCGACCCUUUACAAAUAGCGGAGUCGAUUAUUGUGGUCCAUUUUAUGUACGGGACCGUAUUCGUCGUAAUGCAAAGCACCACAAGGCUUAUGCAGCCAUCUUCGUGUGUAUGGUAACAAAGGCUGUACAUAUAGAGUUAGUGGAAGAUUUGACUGCGGAGUCAUUUAUCGCUGCCUUGAAGAGGUUUGUAGCGCGAAGAGGAAAAGUGAGUAACUUAUAUUCGGACAACGGCAGGAAUUUCGUUGGAGCAGAACGCAUAUUGAAACAAACGUGGGAAAAAGAAGAUUUCAAGGAGUGCAUUCAAAGGUUCGCGACUGCGGAAAAAAUGAAUUGGCAUUUUAUACCAGCAAGGUCUCCGCAUUUUGGUGGCAUCUGGGAAGCAGCGGUGCGCUCUAUGAAAUUACAUCUCAAACGUACAAUCGGCGAAACAUCCUUCACGAUAGCCGAAAUGACAACUAUCUUACCUCAAAUUGAGGCUGUACUCAACUCCAGACCGUUAACACCAGUGUCAGACGAUCCGAACGAUAUGAGAGCUUUAACCCCAGGACAUUUUUUAAUUGGGGAAAAUUUACAAGGAUAUACGGAGCAAGAAUUGAAGGGAGUACCGGAUAACAGACUAUCAAGAUGGCAACGCGUAGAGCAAGUGCGACAACAUCUGUGGUCCAGAUGGCAGAAGGAGUACUUAAACACUUGUCAGCAACGAGGCAAAUGGAAAACGGACUCUAAAGAAACGUACCAAGUUGGACAACUUGUCAUGGUAAAGGAUGCUCAAAGCAUGCCUUUAAGGUGGACACUAGCGAGAAUUAUGGAGGUACAUCCUGGAACGGAUGAUAGAGUAAGAGUUGUCACCUUGCUCACAGAAAAGGGCGUUUAUAAAAGAGCGAUAACAAAUAUUGCGCCUUUAUUAGAAUAG